AGUUGUCAAGAUGGCGACGCGCAUCGCAAGCAUGAGAUUUCGGUGUGCACUGUUUCAAUCAGCUUUGACAUUGGGACGUAAUGAAGUAAAUAUCAAAAGAUAUGUGCGUAGACGAAGAGCUGUAUCUGGAGUAAUAUCAGUAAAUGAGCCGACAGAAAUAUCGGAAGGAGUCAUCAGUCAAACAAGUGAACGUUCAUCACAACACAACAAUGAUAUCACCAGAAACACCGACAAAUCGAGCAUUGAAAACCCCGUUAGCCCAAACAACUCACAGCCCGUUCAGUUCUCACACAUAAACCGGCAGAAGGUGAUCAAUUUAACAUCGAGGACCCGUUUUGGAGAAGUUGAUGGUUUACUGUAUGAGAAAUUACAUCCUGGUGACAAGAGUUUGGCGAAGUUGGCCCGAAUAGCAGGAUCUAAGAAGCUACGUGAGCAUCAGGUUGUUCUGGAAGGAAAGCAUCUCGUAUGCAGUGCUCUGGAUGCUGGAGCUGAGGCUCAAACGCUUUAUUUCAGUUCAGUGGAUGCGCUGAGAGAGCUUCCCCUGGAUAAACUCAGACAAACCAAUGUGGUGAAAGUCAAGAUGGAAGAUGCUCAAGUCUGGUCUGAACUUGACACCUCACAGGAAAUAAUUGCGAUAUUCAAACGGCCUGAGGCGUCUCGAUUAACAUUCUCAGAAGAGAAGUAUGGCAGGGCUGUGCCUCUGACACUGAUCUGUGACACUGUUAGGGAUCCUGGAAACCUGGGCUCAGUGUUACGCUCCGCCGCCGCUGCAGGCUGUCAUAGUGUUCUGCUGACCAAAGGAUGUGUAGAUAUUUGGGAGCUUAAAGUCCUCCGGGCAGCCAUGGGGGCUCAUUUCCGUCUCCCUAUAAUCCCAAACCUGACAUGGACGGACAUUUCGAAUCACCUGCCCAAAACAUCAACCGUUCAUGUAGCCGACAACCACAGCACAACCAUGGCCAAACAUAACGAUAACACGACACCUCAAAAACACAGAAGGCCAUCAGAUUACGGCUGGGUGAAAGGCCACCAGUACCAAAGCAAAGCACAUGAUGAUGAUGAUGAUGAUGAUGAUGCCAAUGAUUUGUGUAGUUUGGAAGAUUAUUGUGAUAAAAAUAGUAAAUCCCUGGAGACGCAGCUUUAUUACACAGACUGGGUUGCUGGGCACACGAGCCUCAUCAUUGGUGGAGAAACGCACGGCCUGAGUCGGGAGGCUUUGCAAUUGGCUGAGAGGACUAGCGGGCGGAGACUGUUGAUCCCGAUGGUUGACGGUGUGGACAGUCUGAACUCUGCCAUUGCUGCUGGUGUUCUGCUCUUUGAGGGAAGGAAGCAGCUGCUGUCUCUGGAGAAGAUCAGAGUUUAACCACAGUAAAAAAAACAUGUCAGUGAUAUCAAAUCCUCUUACAUGAUCAUUAUAUAAUAUGUUUGCAUCUAUUUAGUAUGAUGUUAUGUUUAAAUGUUUAUAUGCAAAAUAAAGAUGUUUUUGGUUAA